ACAAAAUAUUACAGACAGAUUAAGGAAGCGAGCCUUCAAUGGAAGCGUUGAAGCACUUCGGCUUUGGGAUAUGCUAUAGCCCCAAACCAGAUGCAAAGAGAAGGAGACCAACCAGUAAAUUCAAGCUCAUCAGAGGGAGUGGUAAUGGUGAUGUGCAGACUGAUGAUUCCGUGACCACCUUCUACGCCAGCAAACACAAAUGGGCAGAACGCCUUCUUGGCGACUUCCAAUUCCUACCCUCAUCUUCUCCCCCCGACACCCUCGAUCGCCAUUCCACUUCCUCCUCUUCUUCAGUCCUUCCUCCAGCUGCAGCUCCGGAGCGAUAUGUUUCUCUUCCUAUUGAUUUCUAUAAGGUAUUAGGUGCUGAAACUCACUUCCUGGGGGACGGCAUUAGGAGGGCUUAUGAUGCUAGGGUUUCCAAACCACCCCAAUACGGCUUCAGCCACGACGCAUUACUCAGCCGUAGACAGAUUCUUCAAGCCGCUUCUGAAACCUUAGCAAACUCCAGGUCAAGAGCGGAAUACAACCAAGGACUCGCCGUUGACAAAGAUGGAACUCUCGUCACUGAAGUCCCUUGGGAUAAGGUUCCGGGAGCUUUGUGUUUGCUCCAAGAGGCGGGAGAGACAGAGGUGGUUCUUCAGGUCGGCAAUGGUUUGCUUAGAGAGAGACUGCCCAAAUCAUUUAAGCAAGACGUUGUGCUGGCGAUGGCGCUUGCUUAUGUUGACAUGUCCAGGGAUGCUAUGGCAUUGGUUCCUCCUGAUUUUAUUGAGAGCUGCGAAGUGCUCGAGAGGGCAUUGAAGCUCUUACAGGAGGAAGGCGCAAGUACCCUUGCACCGGACUUGCAGGCACAAAUUGAUGAGACAUUGGAGGAAAUAAACCCACGUUGUGUUCUGGAGCUUUUGGCCUUACCUCUUGAUGAAGAGCACCAAACAAAAAGGCAGGAGGGACUUCAUGGUGUGCGCAACAUUUUAUGGGCUGUUGGAGGAGGGGGUGCAGUUGCAAUUGCUGGAGGAUUUACCCGUGAAGAUUUUAUGAAUGAAGCGUUCUUAUGCAUGACAGCAGCAGAGCAGGUGGAUUUAUUUGCUACCACGCCAAGCAAUAUUCCAGCAGAAAGUUUCGAGGUUUAUGGGGUGGCGCUUGCUCUUGUUGCUCAAGCUUUUGUGGCUAAAAAGCCUCAUCUAAUCAAAGACGCAGAUAACCUGUUCCAACAACUUCAGCAAACCAAGAUAAUGGCUCUGGGAACCAUGAUCUCUGACAGUGCCACAAGGGUAGAUUGUGAGGUGAAUUUUGCUUUAGAGCGGGGGCUUUGUUCGCUGCUUGUAGGAGAGGUUGAUGAGUGUCGGUCAUGGUUGGGUUUAGAUGGUGAUAACUCACCAUACAGAGACCCAUCGGUUGUGGAUUUUGUACUGGAAAAUUCAAAGGAUGAUGCGGACAAUGAUCUUCUUCCUGGGCUUUGCAAACUAUUGGAGACAUGGUUGAUGGAGGUGGUGUUUCCCAGAUUUAGAGAUACUCAAAUUAUGCAGUUCAAACUCGGUGAUUAUUAUGAUGACCCUACAGUCCUUAGAUAUCUGGAGAAGCUGGAGGGGGCUGGUGGUUCACCCUUAGCUGCAGCUGCAGCCAUAGUCAGAAUUGGGGCUGGGGCUACCGCAGUGCUUGAUAAUGUGAAAACAAGUGCAUUUCAAGCAUUGCAGAAGGUAUUUCCACUAAGUAAUAGGGAAGAAGGGAUGAGAGAUCAGGAAUUUUGUGAUAAGAACAAUUCUGUCCCAUAUAUGGAAAGUGAGGAUCUUGUGGAGAAGCCUAAUCAAGAUAAUACUGGUGGUGUAGCUGAGGUCUCAGGGAAAAUCAAUUCUGAUGAAUUGGCUGGUCAGGGGUUGAUAUUUGACAAGAUAAAAGAUGCAGGUCCAAAGAUUGUCUGUGCUGGUGUGGUGGUUGGAUUACUGACUAUUGCGGGCUUGAAGUAUUUACCGUCUAGAAAUGGAUCAUCAAUUCUACAUAAAGAAGUUGGUUCGGCAAUGGUUGCUGAUACUAUCAAAUUAGAUGAAAAAUCUGUUGAGGAGAUACCCAGAAUGGAUGCAAGGUUUGCAGAAACUCUUGUUCGUGAGUGGCAGAACAUUAAAUCUUAUGCACUAGGACCUGAUCAUUGUCUCAGCAAAUUGCCAGAGGUUUUGGAGGGUCAGAUGCUGAAGAUAUGGACAGAUCGUGCAAAAGAAAUUGCCCAACAUGGCUGGCACUGGGAUUACACAUUGUUAGGACUUACCAUUGAUAGUGUGACCGUCUCCCUUGAUGGGCGCCGAGCCCUGGUAGAAGCAACGCUUGAGGAGACAGCCCGUCUAACGGAUGUGACCCAUCCAGAGCAUAAUGAUUCUUAUAAUACAACCUACACUACUAGGUAUGAAAUGUUUUAUUCUAAAUCAGGAUGGAAGAUUACAGAAGGAGCCGUGCUCAAAUCAUAAUUUCACUUCAGCGUAUGUGGUUUAUGGGGGUUUCUGUCCCCCUCUUUCCACCCUCCCUUGUAAAUACAGCACUCCAAAACUAUUUUUAAUGCUAUUAUUAAUAUUUCAUCAAAA